AGGGCCCGGGUACCGCUGCUUGUGCGACUCCAAGCCGUGCCUUGCAGCUUUUGCCACACUAGCGACAAUACUGCAGUAAUAAAUACUUAGUACUAAUUAGGCUGUGUUUUAUACACAUAUCUACCAGGAGGAAAAUGGCGAGCGUUAUGGCGCGUAAAAGCAGUUUGGCUCAAGCGGCCAUCGAGCGGAAGCCGGUGCUGCUGCGGCCUCAAUUGAAUGUGCCACGUAUGUCUGGUAUCACUGCAUUGCCGAUGGAGCGUCGGCCGCUGCCUGUGGCGCCUUCUCCAUCGGCGAAGCCCGAGCUGCCCGCGCGCUCGGCGCUGGUUUGCCAUGCAGCCGCAGCGAGUGUACCUCUGCCCAACUCAGACUCCGCUCCUCAGCCGAACGUCCUGCUGGCCAAAAUUCGCGCCAUCAUGUUCUUCGCCUGGAGCUUCCUGCUGUCGCUGCCGCUGUUUGUGACGAUGAUGGUCAUGGCGCCGCUCGUGCUGGCGUUCGACAAGUACCGGCGUCUGGCGCAGCACUUUGUGAACAACCUGUGGGCGUGCGCCUCCACGGCGCCCUUCUACAAAGUCACGAUCAUUGGCCGUGAGAACCUGCCGCCGCCCGACAAGCCGGUGGUGUACGUGGCCAACCACCAGAGCUUCCUGGACAUCUACUCGCUGUUCCACCUGCAGCGGCCCUUCAAGUUCAUCAGCAAGACAUCCAACUUCCUCAUCCCCAUCAUCGGCUGGAGCAUGUUCCUCACAGGCCACGUGAUGAUAAACCGUGUGGACCGGCGCUCUCAGCUCAAGUGCCUGCAGCAGUGCCGCGACCUGCUGGCGGAGGGCGCGCCCGUGCUGUUCUUCCCUGAGGGCACUCGCAGCCUGGACUGCAAGAUGGCGGGCUUCAAGAAGGGCGCCUUCAGUGUGGCGGCCAAGGCGGGCGUUGAGGUGGUGCCCAUCACACUGCUGGGGACAGGCUCGCUCAUGCCCAGCGGCAAGGAGUCCCAGCUGCGGCCGGGCCAGGUGACCAUCGUGGUGCACAAGGCGCUGCCGCCCAACAAGAACGCCGACCAGCUCUGCGACGCGGCGCGGCAGGCGGUGGCAAGCUCGCUGCCGCCCGAGCUGGUGGGCAGCGCCACAGAGAUGGCGCCGGAUGAGCAGUAGAGCGGCGGAGGGCGAGGAGGAGGAGGAGGAGGAGCGGGAGGGGGGGGGAGGGGGGGGGGGUGGCGGGAGUCUGAGCGGUAGAGAGGGGAGGAGCGGCGGGAGGUCGAGUGGUUGAGGGGGGAGGUGGAGGAGGAGCGGGAGGGGGGGGUGGCGGGUGUGGGUCGGGUAGUUUGUUCUAAUCACAAAGAGGACGCGUGUGUGACGGGGGAUUGGAGUUUUGAAGGUGGAGAUUCGGAUGGGGCGGGGUGGGGCAGAUUCGGAUAUGAAUCUGGGGUUGGAUCUGGAGCCGGGGUUGGGGUUUGGUGGGGGAGCUAGAGCCAGGACCGGACAGGCGCUGAGGAUGGGGGCUUGCCGUAGCUGCGUUGGCCAGCGACCGUGGAAUGAGAAGAGAUAGGGACGGAUUACAUGAGACAAAGAAAGCUGUGGGGAAGGAGCCUUGACGCAUGAUGGGUGGCUGCGGCAGUGCGGCUUAGCCACAAUGGGAGCCAGGUGUGUGUGCAUUGUGUCUGGAUGUAACCGGACGAUGCGGACGAUGCGGGUUGAGCAUGGCCGGGGGCAUGGCCGGGCCGCCGGGGACAUAGGGGUUUGAUGACACGGCAGUACGGCAUGGAAUUGGGGCAUGGAUCCGGGGCAUGGAUCCGGGGCACCGCGGGCUUGGACCGGACUACGUCGUAGUGGCGUGGUGGGCCGAAUAUGUGUGUAGGCAGCAACAUAGGAAGCGGACCCCGCGGCCUGUGCGUGUCAGUGUGUCAGCAUGUGGCCUAGCCACCGCGCGGCGCAGCGCACCGCGGCGUGGCCCUGGGCAGACUGCCGCGGCGCCAUGUCAGCACGUGCACGCAUGCACACGGGCGGGCUGGGCCGGGCUCAGCCGUGAGCGCGAUGGAAGGGCAGCGCGCCAGCUCCGGGAAGGGGGCGGUUCGUUAAGAAGGGGGAGCGCACGGUAGGUCACUGCAGCAAUGCACUCAGGAGGCAGGGCCAGGACUGCGGGGGAAUGCAGACCUGUGUGAGGCUGCAACAACAGCGUAACCGGCAGUCGGCCUAACCGGCUGGAGGUAAGGGAAGUGCAGGAGGAACAAGAGAGGCGGAGGACCGAGGGUUCCACUGCAUCACCUGGACCCUGUUAGCGAAGUGUUUGCUAGUGAAUGCGAAUGCAAGACGCCGUCGCGAGCUCCAGGCUAGCAACAAACAUCACGAAAGAAGUUAGUGUCAGCGGCAAUGCGGUUACUUGUUACCUUCGAGACGAGACACCGGUGCGCGCUCCACGCUGCUCCGCAUUCGGCACGCCAAACGGAGUCCGAGUGACCCUGGAAUGGGGUGUUGCACGAGAUGAGGAGGGGGGGCUUAAAGCGAGUAG